GCGAAGUCGCUUCUAUCAUCUCUGUUGCUUCAGCGCCCCCUCCCUCUCCGGGUACGGUAACUCGCUCGCCUUCUUCCGUUGUGCUCCGGCCUUCGCAGUCAGUUGAGCCCGUCGGAAAGCAAACAAUUGCUCUUGCGAAGAAACGAAAUAAAGUGGAAGAGGGAGGCGAUGACGCCGUCAGCGUGCCAGAGCUCCCCGCAGCUUUGUCGGUGAUGCUGAGGAAAGCCUUGCGAACGCCCGUGCCCCCUUGAAAACUGGCAGUUCCCUUAAAGCGGCGGUCUAGUUCUGAAAUUCCUAGUGAUUUGAGUUGGUUUCCAGGGCUCCGGUUUGAACAACGGAUAUCCACGGAUCCCAGAAUGACAAUCACCUUCGAUCGAAGCAGCACCAAUGGUUUUGUCAGCCUUGACUCUUACUGCGGAGACAGCGAAGCUCUGCGCCCACGAAGCUGCAAUGCUGUGUCUCUAGAAUGGAAGAACAUCAAAUAUGAAGUGCCAGUCGAGAAACGCAAGAAAGUGCUUAUCAAUCACAUGUAUGGAAGGUGUGCUCCGGGUACGCUGACUGCGAUUAUGGGGCCCUCCGGUGCAGGGAAAACGACACUCAUGAACAUCCUGUCGGGACAUUACGACACAGGUUAUGAGGGCGAAGUGCAAGUCAACGGCUGCGUGAGGGACACAAAGCUCUUUAAUAUGCAGAGCUGCUACGUCAUGCAAGAUGAUUGCAUCCUGCCAGAGCUGACUGUACGCGAAGCCCUAAGCAUGAGUGUCCAGCUACGAACUCCAUCGAUGAGCAGCUCGACUAGACGCGGAAUAGUUGAUGACGCCGUCCACCGGUGGGGCCUGACAGAGUGCCAAAAUACAAGGGCCGGCUAUCUCUCUGGAGGCCAAAGAAAAAGACUCGCUAUAUCGCAAGAGCUUAUUAGCAACCCUCCCGUCAUCUUCCUGGACGAGCCCACCAGUGGCCUGGACAGCAGCUCGGCACUGAGGUGCAUUCUGGUGCUGCGGUCAUUAGCCGCAUGCGGGCACACCGUGUUGUGUUCGAUUCACAACCCCAGCGCAACACUGUUUUCUCAUUUUGACAAGCUGUACAUGAUCUCGGAAGGAAUGUGCAUUUACAAUGGUCCCGUCGACAAAUUACUUCCGUUUCUGGCCGCUCAGAAUCUCCACUGUCCGAUACAUCAUAAUCCAUCCGAUUUCAUUACAGAGAUAGCGUCCGGAGAGCACGGGGAGCUUAGCAAACAACUAGCAAGGUCCUUUAAACCUGGCAUCCUUAUUGACAACGGCAACAACGGCUUUGACCAUCCGCAACUUACACAGUAUGGCGGAAGAGUGAUGACAGAAGCGGAAAAGCAAAAAGAACGGGACAUGUACAAAAUAAAUGCAAGCGCUUUUCUGCAGUUCGGCGUACUCUUGAAACGGUGCUUCUAUUGCUUAAUCAGAAAUAAGGUUGCGUCACAGCUUCGCAUCUUAGCGUACUUGUUCUUUUCUGCUCUCCUAACCAUGAUGUACUACGGCAUCGGGAACAGAGCCACCCGCGUAAUGAAUAACGCCGCCAUGUUUGUCGUAGCUCUGGCAAUCAUCCUUUUCCAAUCCAUCAUGCCGACCGUAUUGAUAUUCCCUACAGAGCUCAGUGUCUUGCUGAGGGAACAUCGGAACUGUUGGUACAGUCCAAGCAUGUACUACGUCGCUAGAAUCAUCACUGAGGUGCCUUUCACGGUUGGCGGGCCCUUGAUCAUGAUGUGCAUCCUGCAUUGGUCCACCGCCCAGCCGCCGGAUUUCCAUCGCAUCGCCGCCGUCGUCCUGCUAGCCGUGCAGACAUGCGCCACGAGCCAAGCCAUCGCGCUUGUCGUCUCAGCCGCCAGCAGCAUGCAGACUGCUCUCUUCGUGGCCCUGCCGGCGGCGGCGCCAUCGUUUCUCUUCUGCGGCUACUUCGUCCAGGUGCGCCACCUGCACCCGGCCUUCGCCUGGAUCACGUACACGUCGCACGUUUACCACGCCCACCAAGGAAUACUGCAUGCCAUAUACGGGCACGGGCGCGAAGAGCUCGACUGCGACGAAGACAGUUUCUGCUUUUUGAGCGACCCGCGCGAAAUCCUGGACAAAUUGGACGCGCAGCACGCCUACCUCUCGAUCAAGUUCGCUAUACUGCUGGGCAUGGACCUUUUGCUCAAGACCAUCGCUUUCUUCGUGCUCAAGUGGCGCUUGCGACGGAAGCGAUAAUGCGGACGCUUGGACUUACCGCCUGUGUUUUU